AUGAGGACCCCUUCGGCUUCACUCCCUUCUUCUCUAAACCUCAACCUCAACAUCAACAUCUCAGACCCCUCAAAGCUCCUUGCUACAAAAUAUCCAGCCAAAUCUCAUGCCCGUCGGACAGCACUCGCUUUAAACCUCAAGGAAGGCUUAAUCUACCUCUCUGGCGAGGUCUCCCGAAAUAAUGAAGACAGCGAUAUGCCCGCCGUGUUCCGGCAAAAGCGUUAUUUCUUCUACUUGACGGGCUAUGACCUACCGGACGGCCAUGUUACCUAUGAUAUCGGGACCGAUACCUUGACGUUGUGGAUUUUGAGACCGGAUCCGAAGGAGAAGCUAUGGUCCGGCCCAUCACCAACCCCCAAAACCCUCCUCCAAACCCACGACAUCGACAUGGCAAACUACACCUCCUCCCUCCCCACCACCCUCCAAGCCUACACUGUCGCCCACCCCGCCGCCAAAAUCCACAUAAUCCACCACCAAUACCCUCCAAUCCCCACCUCCCUCUACCAACACUGCACAAACCACCUUCUAAAACCCGCGCUCGACGUCUCCCGCGUCAUAAAAGACGCCUACGAAAUCGAACUCAUCAAAGUCGCAAACCAAAUCUCCACCCACGCUCAUCUAAAAAUCAUGGCAUUGGUAGAUACGUUCACCACCGAACGAGAAAUCGAAGCAGAAUUUAUUUCAGAAACCAUCAAACGUGGCGGGAAACUCGCAUACGAUACUAUCGCCUGUUCCGGUCGUAACUGUUCAAUACUACAUUACGUCCGUAACGACCAACCUCUCAGGAAUAAACAACUUAUCCUCCUAGACGCAGGUGCCGAAUAUAACCUUUAUGCGAGCGAUGUAACCCGUACCUUCCCCAUCUCCGGAACUUUUUCAAAGGAAGCGAAGGAGAUAUACGCCAUAGUAUACAAAAUGCAAAAAACUGUGUUUUCGAUGUUGAAACCUGGGGUUAAAUGGAGAGAUUGUCAUUUUGCCGCUGUGGAUGUUGCGAUCGAAGGGUUGAAGGAGAUUGGAUUGUUGGUGGGUGAGAAGGAGGAUAUAUUGGCCUCUCAGGUUUUGGGAAAAGUGUUCUUCCCGCAUGGGUUGGGACAUCAUGUGGGUUUGGAGACUCAUGAUGUGCUUUAUUACGAUCUUAUCUCUGCUAGCAGUGGCAGUAGUGGCGAUAACGUCGACGGUGGGAUGAACACGACGAAGGUGAGAAGGAGGAAAGCAGGGGGAGUAAUAACAAUCGAUGAAUUCGACGCUUUCACUAAGGAGGAAAUAUACAAUCAUCUAAAACCAGGAAUGACAUUAACCGUCGAACCGGGAAUAUACUUCAACCAACCCCUCUACGAAGACUACCUCGAAACCUUCCCAUCCAACAAAUCCUUCGUAAACGAAUCAGUAUUAUCAAAAUACUGGGACGUGGGGGGUGUAAGAAUCGAAGAUGUACUUUUGAUUACCGAAGACGGGUAUGAGAAUUUAACCCCAGCGCCGAAGGAGAUCGUUGAUAUCGAACGGAUUACCAGCUGCCGUGCGAGGUCGGUUGUGUAG